UUUUCUUUUAACAAUUGAAGGCUUAUUGAAAAAAGAAAAAAAACUGUACCGGAAGUUCUUCGAGCUCGCGCCACGUCAGAGCUACCCAAUUGUUAUCAUCAGUAAAGCAGAGUGGGUGUCCUGUGCAGCUGAACCCCAUCUUUCUGGCCUCACCAUGCUUUACUUUGGCCUCGGCUGCAUCCUGCUGCAGGUCUGCCUGGCGUCCGGCACCGAGCUCACCUUCGAACUGCCCGACAACGAGAAGCAGUGUUUCUACGAGGAGCUCGAGAAGGACGUGAAGUUUGACUUGGACUUCCAAGUCAUUGCGGGAGGCAACUAUGAUGUGGACUGCUUUGUCACAGAUCCACAAGGCAACGUUUUGUAUAACGAGAGGAAAAAGCAGUACGACAGCUUCUCCCACACCACGGUGAUGAGGGGAGUCUACCAGGUCUGCUUCAGCAAUGAGUUUUCAACGUUCACACACAAAGUGGUGUAUUUGGACUUCCGCAACGGAGACGAAGAACCACUUCUACAAAGUAUGACCAGAAGUACAGCACUUACUCAAUUGGAGUCGUCCUGCGUAGCCAUUCACGAGGUCUUGAAAGUGGUGGCUGACUCGCAGACCUGGUACAGGCUGAGGGAAGCACAUGACCGCGUAAAAGCAGAGCACCUCCUGCAGAGGGUGACCUACUGGUCCAUGGGAGAGGCCGUCCUGCUGUUUGUCAUCGGCAUCGGCCAAGUCGUGAUGCUUAGAAGCUUCUUCAGUGAGAAGAAGGGCUCUGUGGUAGCGGCCACUUAGAGCUCAGGGGUCCUCAUGCGCCCUCAGGUAGAGACAUCAGCACAUACUUUAGACCUUGUCUUAUAGAACCUUCAAGGAGCUGUUGUGUUCCCGAUUGCUCCGCGUGUCCAACAAACUUGAAUAGCUUUGUCAAAUAUGUUACAUUUGGUCAACAACCCAGGCUGAGAAGAACCCCAACUCAAGUGAGGAUACUUUGAACACUGAAGUUGAUAUAUUUCAACAUUUCAGUCACAAUGAUAAUUGAAUAAAUGUACAACGUAAGCCAUGUUUAGUUUGAUCUAAUUAUUUAAUGCCCUCUGUUUCACAAAGUCAGAGCAUUGUAGGCAUUCCAUUUUUUAAUGUCCACUGCAGUGAAACUUGUGGCACAUAAAUGGAAGUUGAAGAGGCACUGCUGUUAUUUUUAUUUGUUUUAUUAUUGUCUGUUCUGUUUAUUUUUUAUCAGCUUUAAGAACCGUGCCUCUCAUGGCCAUGUUAUUUCUCACACAAAGUGCCUUAAAGUGUAUUUUCCCCUUUGUCUGCCAAGUUACGGAUUCAAUUCAAAAGCAUUUCAUGCCGUUACUGUUUGAUUGGAUUAUCAGUUUUAAUAAAUGUAUUUCUCGUUAUUGGACAAAGAAAAGUUGAUGACUAUUUUUGCAUCAAGUACUGUUUUCAGACUAAUGGGUUUGUAAUCUGGUAUUUUGUCAAUAAAACUGGAUGGAACAUU